CAUUACAGAGCUAUUGCAACUGCCUAUAAUAACUAUCCCAUGCUCCACCAACUCUCUUAAGACUGGCGUCGGACUGACUCAAAAAUUAGGCCUCUCAAAUGGACCAAAGAAUAGACUUCACGGCGUUAUUCUGCUUCCUUCUCCUCCAUUUCUCUACUGCAACCUUCUUCAUUCAUUGCGACGCAAGAAGCUCAAGGCAUUCACAGAACUCCCUGGGCUUUCAAGCUGUGAAGCAUCCACAUAGAAGCUCACAACUUAAAGUAUCAAAGCAUUUGGACAUCUUCUCGUCCUCAGAUCCCAACUAUGUAGGUUCUCCAUACUCAUUGCCACCAUUUGAUGAUAUAAUGGGCCCCACCUCCUCCCCUGAUGAAAACCCACCUUAUUGUGUUUAUCCCCCACUCACUCCCCUCCCACCUUCCACCAUCCUUCCACCCCCAGUAAUCCCCAUUCAACCAUCACCACCACCUCCCCCGGUCCUCACCCCGAACCUGCCAGUGUAUCCUACACCACCAAGCCCACCUGCGCUCGCCCCAAGUCCACCAGAAUUUGUGCCAAGCCCACCAAGCUACGUACCAGGUCCGCCACCCGGCAUCGUACCCAGCCCACCAACCUACAUACCGGGUCCACCAUCCGGCAUCGUACCAAGCCCACCAAUCUACAUACCGGGUCCGCCAUCGGGCUUCAUGCCAAGCCCACCAAUCUACAUACCGGGUCCACCAUCCGGCAUCGUGCCCACCCCACCAGCAUAUGGGCCCAGCCCACCCAGCUAUGUACCCAACCCGCCGCCAAGCAUCGUUCCGAGCCCACCGGUGUUCGUGCCAGGACCGCCCAUCUUCCUACCUCCGGUGGUCUACCCACCACCGACUGGACCGGCGCCGCCGCCUGGCGCGCCUUCUCGGGGCCUUUGGUGCGUUGCGAAGCCCACCGUGCCAGACGCAAUAGUCCAAGAGGCCAUGAACUACGCAUGUGGGUCAGGAGCGGACUGCGACUCCAUCCAGCCCAAUGGGUCGUGCUACCAGCCUGAUACGUUGAUCGCCCACGCUUCCUUCGCGUUUAAUAGCUACUGGCAAAGGACAAAGGUGGCUGGAGGGACGUGCGAUUUUGGGGGGACGGCCAUGCUAGUGACGAAAGAUCCAAGUUACGAUGGUUGUCGUUUCAUCAUCUACUAAAAAUAGAAGAAAUUUGGAUACGACCAAAGGUGAUCUGUACAAGCUAGCCAAAAAAAAGACUUGUAAUUAUUCAUCUUGCUUUACCUUCUUCUUUCUUCUUCCUUCAAAUUGCUACCGUGAUAGUAGUUUUUUUCCAUCUCAACCCUCUAUGGGUGCACUACCGGACUGUCCAGGGAGUAAUGGAGAGUUUUCCCUAGUUUGCGAGAGUCUAUCUUUAUUUUUUUUGUUUCAGACUGUAACAUAUACGUAGAAUUCUA